CGUUGUGUACUGGUUGUUCGUUUUAUAUCAUUACCGUGCAGCAGCAUUCACCCCCUCUACGCAGCUAUUAAUAUCUCAUGGAAAAGUCGGAACCCGAGACGCAAAAUUAAUUUUUCCUAGAGGAGGAGAAUAGCAGCUCUACGGCGCUUCUCUAACUAGCGACAGAUGGCUUCUGCUCGGGCCACAAAGGGAUAUAAGCGCGGAUCGGGACUCGGCGCGGCUGCAAUACAAAUCGUGGCACACCACGUGGCCAGGGCUCUCGGUGACGUGGAGGAGCCAUAUGGCUCACCAUCCUCUCCUAUAAUCUGGCGGCUGGUGGCGGGAUUCGCGGACAGAGCGCUGAGCGGGGGCAUGGGAAGGCUCUCCGGGAAAGCGCUGAAGCUUCUCCUGACGAGGCGCGCACGGAGCCGAAGAGAGAGAGAGAGCGAGAGCGCGCGCAGAGCCCCAGAGCCCUGCACUGCCUAUGACGCCCGGCUACUGACACAGGUAUGAAGACAGCCGAGCCGUGCGCCGACACCACACGAAUGAUGGAGAACCUCUCGAACUGGGCCGAGGAGUGCCUCACGGAAGACGAGGACAUGAAGGGGAGCGGCCGCGAGGACUGCGAAUCUCAACACGACCUCCUCUCGCUCUCCGCCUCCUACGACAACGACGACCUGGCCGACGACGACGAUAAGCAGGACGACGACGACGCCGACGACUUGGAGGAGGACGAAAACGACGACCAACAGAAACCCAAGCGCCGGGGCCCCAAAAAGAAGAAGAUGACCAAGGCGCGGCAGGAGCGCUUCAAGAUGCGCCGCGUCAAAGCGAACGCGCGCGAGCGGAACCGCAUGCACGGGCUCAACGCGGCGCUCGACAACCUGCGCAAGGUGGUGCCCUGCUACUCCAAGACGCAGAAGCUGUCCAAGAUCGAGACGCUGCGCCUCGCCAAGAACUACAUCUGGGCGCUCUCGGAGAUCCUUCGCGCCGGCACCAGCCCCGAUCUGCUGAGCUUCGUGCAGACCCUGUGCAGGGGCCUCUCGCAGCCCACGGCCAAUUUGAUCGCGGGCUGCCUGCAGCUGAACCCGCGGACAUUCCUGCCAGAGCAGAGCCCGGACUUCAUGCACAUGCAGGCGCCCGGCGGCGGCGGCGGCGGUGGAGGUGGCGCGGGUGGCGGAGGAGGAGGUCCAUCUUCUUACGCGAUGAGCGGUCACCACCACCACCAACACCACCACCAACACCACCACAACAACAACAACCACCAUCACCACAAUCACCAUCCGUACGCGGCGGCGUUUCACCACUCGCCCGGCUUGCCGAGCCCGCCCUACCACAGCACCAUGGACAGCGCCCACCACGCGUUCCAGAUCCGGCCCGAGAGCUACGGAGCGGCCCUGGACGGCUUCUUCGAGACGGGUGCCGCGCCGCCGCCGCCGCCGCAGCAGCAACCGCAGCAGCAGCCACCGCAGCCUCCAUCCGCACAGGCUGCGGCUGCUGCUGCUGCUGCUGCGGCUGCUGCUGGCGGCCAGGAGUGCGCGAGCCCCGAAAACUACGACCCGCCCCUGAGCCCUCCGCUCAGCAUCAACGGGAACUUCUCGUUUCGACAGGAGACGUCGGCCGACUUCGAGAAGCCCUAUCGGUUUCACUACGCGGGGGCUGCCGGCGGUGCCGCGCACGGAGCCGGCUACCCCCCACCAAGCUUGCGCUGUGACCCCCCCGUUGAGGCGGCCCCCUACGAAAUCCACCCGCAGCACGAAAGACUGCUCAUGAGCUCGCAUCUCAACACCAUAUUUCAUAACUGAUUGUUCAAUGAUGAACAACAACUUCGCACCCCCCCCCUCCCCCACCCUCUCCCAAUUGCGUUGUUCACACGCGGCGCAAAAGUUCAACGAUGUUGGCACCCUGUGUCAUAAACUUAACAAUGAUCGCGCUUAUUUGUAUUUUGCUAUUUUGUGUUUCAUUACAACGCGUGUUUAUUUUUACGUUGCUUCUGCUGGUAUCACUGGGAAACGAAUAUUUUCUUCUGCUGUACGUGAAAUCGCAUUUGUGAAAAUGUUUCGAGAGUAUUUAACUGGUGGGGCCACGCCGAGGUGACCGCGUGAUUUUUUUAGAAUUGGCCCGUCGCAUUCGUAGCCCUCAAUGUAAGAGAAUCGUAUAUCGUGACUCACAAUGUAACGGCAACAAUAUUUUGACUGUAGUGCGAUUGUGCUUGUGUAUAUAAUAAGAGGUGUGCGUAUGUAAAACCACCUGCCCGACGCUAUUGUGCCCUAAUAGACGCUUUGGAUAUUUAAACAAAAAGAUAAAUGUACUGAACGCGUAUUUUUUUGGGUCCCUGACUGUCAUUGCGAGCAAUAAUUAGGAAGCUAUGCAAUUUUUGAAUUGUGAACCAUCCGCGAAUUUUACGAUUAUUUAAUUGUCUUCUCACACAAUGACUAAUUUUUUGACUUCCACUUGCUUUUUGUAUGCAAUUUCUAACGAGACUUUUAUAUCGACGAGUCCAUAUUUUUGCGUGUGAGUUUGUAAUCGCUGCCACGUUGAUGAUAAAGAGUAGUCAGUUUGUAAGCUCGAAUAAUAACAAUGAUAAAAAACACGUUAAAAAUAAAGUUUAUCUCUACCAAGAAACAGCCUACUGUAAAGACGAAUGCCUUAGACGUUUUAUACAACAUGCGGCAUGAAGAAAGUUGAUGGAUAUGUAUUAAGAAAGUGAUUAAAUAUAUUUAACAAACAAAUACAUAAUAAUGUAGUUUUGCUGCCAAUUUAUUUUUUGUUGGGCCAAUCAUCAAGUCUUUCCUCUUACCAUAGGUGAUACCUUAUUCAUGUGCACCACAUUCAAGUCGUUGCUGUGUCCCAUUUCAUUACCACACAGCAGGUCUCUGUGCGAGAAUAGGAAACUUGUGCUUAGGAACACUAGCGGUUGUUUUGUACAUAUAUAUUUUUGCUCUGUGUAUAUCCCAGUGACAUGAAAUUAGCUCUUCAUCCUAUUUGAUGGGAUUUAUUCAUUAUUUGAUCUUUUUUAAAUGGAACCGAUGUCUAUUUUGAUAGACUGCAAAAGUGUACAUGUAAAUUUAUUUGCAAAUAAAUUAUCGUAAAUAAAUGUUAAUAAAAAUUGUUGUUGGUGGCUUGUUGCCUAUUGUGACUCAAAAUGCUUAAAUGUGGGAAAUCUUUCGCUGCGUUUACACUUCAUUAAGCACUAGUUGUGUUGCUUUCUUGCAAAAUACUAAUACUAACAACAUCAGAAACUGUUUGUGGUUCCUAUUUGUAUAAAGUAUUUUAUGAUUAUGAUGUGCACAUCCACAAUACGAUACCCGAAAAUAUGGGUUGGAUACCGGAUGACUAUACAUAGCUUAAUCAUUAUACAAUGUUUCGUGUGAAAAAUAAGAAUUGUAAACGUUAUGUAAUAGGAAUUCCAUUCUGAGCAAUUGAACACUGGAGGUAAAGUCAAUGGAAGUACAUCAGGCACUAUGACUAUGCUCCGAGAAUGUUGCACAUCCAUCGUAUAAUUCAUUAUGAGGUUAAAAAUUAACUCAACCACACAAUGUAAAUCACAUUGACUUCAUGUAAUUUCUAUGGAUGCAUACAAAAGCGUAAAUUGUAAAGGUUUGUUGAAAAAUAGGGAUUUUUUCAUCAAUUGUCAAAUAAUGUUUUACCACUGUUAAGAUAAUAAUUAGGUAGCAACCACUUGCGUGGAAAGUCGCUUUCUAAUACCUUACCAUACUUAUCAUGGCAACAUAUUACAUUUCUAUUACUACAGCUAUUAAGUACAUGACCACAUGAAUGCACUGCAUCUAAUAUAUGUAUGCAAUCGUGACUGAACGACUGAUAUACAUUUUUAUGAUAGUCUAGAAAGGCUAUAUAUAUGGCAUUUGGCACACAUAAACAUAGCCAAGUGUAUGCUUAUUUACUUAUAAGAAAAACAAACCAACUAUAUGCCAUAUAUAUAAAAAAAACUUUGAACUUUGAGUCCUCAAAAAUGAUAGCCCAGAGAUUGAUUGGUUUUAUUCAUUGCACAGAGUCAGACUAAAGUUCUACAUUUAAAAGUGAUUUGCCUCCCAUGUAGUGUGAUGCUGAAGCCAAUAGCAAGAAAAAACGCUACUGGUUACUCAUAAAUAAAUAAAAUCUACUUAAAAAUAGGUCACUUUAGCCGCAGCCCAUCUGCUGCUACCUCUGUUGAAUGAAAUGACAAAGGCAUACAAUCCCUACUCGUUGCUAUUAUUCUAUAAAAGGGGUUAAGCCUCUACUUUAAGUAAUAAUGUCGGUGCAGUCGACCUGCAAAUCUGAUUGUGCCGUAAUCUUUCGCAGGUCUCCCAGGUAAAAAGUGCUGGCACAUUGCAGCUUGUCAUAGCCUUGGCAUCAGACGUUAUCCCUUCUGUUGCCAGGAAACCAGUGCUGGCAAAUCUCUUGGAGCACUGGGGUUGGGAAAGAGACUGAAGGGUGACACCCGCACGUGAAAAACCACUGAGCCUGUAAAUGCUGAUUCCAAAUUCAUAGAGAGCUUCACAAGACUUGUCGUCAGUGAUUUUUAGUGAUAAGUCCUACAGGUGGAUGCGUAAGUGCAUGCACAAGUAUAAUAUUUAUAGUGGCAUUGCAAUUCCUAGGGUGUUGCAUGACGACAAUAUCUAUUUAGAAUGAGUGAUGUGUGAUGUGCAGUGGUUAGCAAGGCCUAUACAAAAAAUGGAACGUUAUUAUUUAACAAAUUUUAAAAAUUAAAUAAACCAAUCACACUGUUCAACUUCAGUGGCCAACCUAAAAGGUCAGAAUUAUGAUCUUGAAUUACAUUUUGUUUUUACAAUCUUUUUAAUAUCUUCUUUACAGUGCUGUAAACAGCAACAACAUGAAACAGCCCUCAAUAUCGACUAUCUCAUGUCAGAAUUGGCCCUGACCCUCCCCUCCACCACAAAAAAAAACUCCUGCCACGAAAACUAUUUAAAACCAACAAACAAACAAAAAUCCUAACACUGAUGCAGAACGCUGUCGCAGCAGGGCUCAAAUUAAAUGGCUUGCCAGAUUGCCGCUGGAACAAACAAACACAAAAAACGUGAAUACGUGCAAAAAAAAGCGUAGGGAAGGCCACUGCUUGUUCAUCACAGCGAGCGAUCUGGCGGGUGGGCCACGACGUGAGCGCACAACGCCCGUGAGUCCGUUGGGUGCCUCCACGCGGUGGAGUGGAGGGCGGAAAAAGAGGCCCCGAGGCAGCGGCCGCAGCCGUGCGGACACGGCGCGGCACCCCGCCUGCCGCCAGCUGCCAAGCUCGGAGGCCCGCGCUGCACGUGGGGAGGGAGCCAGAUCCUCUCGCUGCCUGCCUGCCUGCCUCUCUCUCUCUCUGUGUGUCCACGGCAAUUUGCCCACGCCGUAUUAGGACGAACAAAAUGUUAAUAAAUUGAGACGGGACUGGGAGUUUAGAUUAACAUGCCCGUUGAUGUGGCGAUGCGGUGCCAGGACUUUCCUUGAUCGGUUUAUAUUGUAGUCGGUUUGUUUUCCUCUUUUUUUGUGUGUGUCACUGACCGAAAUAAACAUCCCGCUUAAAGAA